AUGACUGGACACAGUGCGUGCCGCACGCGCACAUCGCUGGCUUGGCAAAGUGACAUGAACUCAUUCCUCUGGACAGUGAAGCACCCAGCUCCCUACCCUCCAUCCUAUCUUUUCGGGACCAUCCAUGUUCCCUACACCCGUGUAUGGGACUUUAUCCCAGACGUCUCCAAACGGGCCUUCCAGACCAGCGCCAACGUAUUCUUCGAGCUGGACCUGACUGACCCCCUGACGAUCUCCAAGCUGACCAGCUGCCAGCUGCUGCCCCACGGGGAGAACCUGCAGACCCUGCUGCCCCGGGACCUAUAUCGCCGCCUCAAACGCCACCUGGACUACGUUAAGCACAUGAUGCCCUACUGGAUGACGGCGGACCAGCGGGGCCGGGGGCUGUACGCUGACUACCUCUUCAACGCCAUCGCAGGGAACUGGGAGAGGAAGAGGCCUGUCUGGGUGAUGCUGAUGGUCAACUCUCUGACGGAGUCAGACGUGAGGUCGCGGGGGACCCCCGUACUGGACCUGUUCCUGGCCCAGGAGGCCGACCGCAUGGGGAAGAGGACAGGAGCGGUGGAGCGGGUGGAGGAGCAGUGUCACCCCCUCAACGGACUCAACUUCUCCCAGGUGCUGUUUGCCCUGAACCAGACCCUGCUGCAGCAUGAGAGUGUGAGAGCAGGCAGUCUGCAGGGCUCCUACACCACCGAGGACCUCAUCACACACUACAAUUGUGGAGACCUCAGCUCCAUCAUCUUCAACCACGACACCUCACAGCUCCCUCACUUCAUCAACAGUUCCCUGCCGGCCCAUGAGAAGUCCACAGCACUUCAGAUUGACAACUACUUCCGCCUGGAGCUCAUCUACAAACGCAAUGAGCGAAUGGCACGCCGCAUCUCCUCCCUCAUCCAGCGAAACCCCUCCCAGACCUUCUUCUUUGCUUUUGGUGCAGAAACUGCGUGUUCGUCUUUCACCAACACUGAAGCUAAGUUACUUGACAUAGGGAGCUGGAAGUGGCUGCAGGGUGGAUGA